AUGCAGCAUGGCCUGGGUUGGCCGCACACUCUUCGAGUGGCCGAAGGGAACGUGGCGCUUCUACGGCUGGAUGCCAAUUCCACGGACAAACUAUCAUGUGUGGUGACCACUCCGUCCGGUCUAACUUUCAACGUACAGUCACCGCCCAGCAACAGAUAUGCAAGUUGGAGUGCUGGUUGUGGAGUGAGGGUACGAAACGUAGUUAUGGAUGACGAGGGCAGGUGGCGACUUUCUGCUGUUCGCGCCAAUAAGACUAUAACUGGAUGGACAGAGUUGUAUGUCGAAGAAUCGACGACAUCCUAUAGUGCUCCACCGAUAUCACUUAAGGAUGGCCAGACAGAGAUGGAAGUAGAGUUGACGACCUUGGAAAACUCCUAUUGCCUGGUGUCGAAGCCCUUCGCGGAGAGUUCACUGGUGCCGGGACAAUGUAGCGUCACUCUCGACCGCACCACACGGGCCAUCCAGGGCAAUUGGAAUGUCAUUUUGGGUCUACCAGGUCAUGUGGCGGAGUUGAACAUACAAAGACUGAUCUCCGUCGAAUCGGAACGUCUGGACGUUGGUUAUAUAUACGACAGAACUGAAAACAAGCUGAAUUUAUAUUGCAACAUCGUGCACACCUCGAAGAACAUAACGUUCUGUCGCUUCCAGAAAACGACGGAUUCUUUCGGCUACAACGUCAUGGACGGACUCAGCGAUGGUAGGCACAGCUAUUAUGGAGGAGGGUUCGACCAAAAACAAUGUGGCAUGACCAUAGAGAAUCCGGUGGCCCAAGAUUUUGGCACAUGGCGGUGUUCCUUGGGUCUCCAAAUGUGGGUUGGUACGCAUAUUGUACCUCAAACACCCAUGCAAGCGCUUAUAAGUGUUGCGCAAAACACACAAAAUUCGAGGGUCGUUCGCGAUUUAAUGAUCGCUGAGCAGAAUAUUCGUACGGUAUUUGUUCAAGCGGAGAUGCCUUUCACGUUGACUUGCCGCGCGGGGGUAUCCCUAGCGUACUGCUGGUUCCAGCACCCGAAUGGCACUCAAUACACGCCCGGUCAGCAAGUCAAUGAAGAGCAGACGUUUUGGUAUACGGGGGAGAGUCUGCAAAUAGGCGAUUGUGGGAUCACAUUUUCGCACGUGACCUCGGACGACGCCGGCAGAUGGAUCUGCCACAUGGGCCCCAGGGAUCAACUGGGGGUCGAGAUAACUGACUCGAUACUGUUAAGAGUAACUGGUCCCCUCGCCGCCGUUGAAAAGGAGGUCGGGACGGGCAUCGGGGGCCUGGCUACGUUGAACUGUCACACCGCAAACGGGAACCGACCGUUGGACUACUGCAGAUUCCUGUCACCGAGAAUGCUCGGGCUGCGGGUCGACGAGUCCGUUACGGCGGAUAGUGCGAUAUUGAACCGAUACUACUUCACACCGGGGCAAAGUUUGGACCAUGGCGAAUGUUCGCUGACCAUUAAUCCCGUCUUGGAAGAGGAUAUCGGCGUUUGGUCGUGCGCCGCUCUGAUCAAUCAGGAGGCAUUAGAGGCGCGGGACCAUAUCCGUCUGUAUAUAGACGGUUCAGCGACGCAACUUUCCACCGCUGGGAUAGUCGGUAUGUCGGUCGGGUUAGCCGUUCUCCUUGUGGCUUUGGUUGGCGUGCUGUGGUACCGACGUUUCGGUUUCGCGUUGCCCUGGCGAAGGUCUACUGCGACAACGUCCGAAAACGCUUUCCCUAUGGCUGCACGCGUUUCGAGUGAUAGUAGUUCGUUGGACAGCCAA